UUUUCUUAUCUGUAUUUAUAACUGCCAAAGCUAUCAGCUAGUUGCCGCAUCGACAUCAACAGUCAGUUGGUGAAUUUUGUACCGAUUGAAGAUUAAAACAUAAAAAAUGGAGGCACUAUAUGCAAUUCCUUUCACUGUUCUUGAAAUACCAAACAUCAAAAUCAAAAAACCAUCAUGGUUGCAGCCUCCUUCAGCAAUGACAACGUUUUCUUUAGUGUUAUUCUCAUAUUUCUUAGUGACUGGAGGUAUCAUAUAUGAUGUUAUUGUUGAGCCACCGAGUGUUGGGUCUACAACCGAUGAACAUGGUCACAGUAGGCCAGUCGCCUUUAUGCCGAAUAGAGUAAACGGCCAAUACAUCAUGGAAGGACUGGCUUCUAGCUUCUUAUUUUCAUUGGGAGGACUUGGUUUCAUCAUACUCGAUCGUACGCACAAUCCUACCACACCUAAAUUAAAUAGAAUCUUGUUAAUAUCUGUAGCAUUUUUGUGCAUACUAGUAUCAUUCUUUACGACCUGGAUAUUCAUGAGAAUGAAGCUACCAGGCUACUUGCAAAACUAAUCCUUUAUAAUAUAUUUGUUUAUGACUAAGUUUAAAAUAUAUUUUUACACUGA